AUGACUCAACGUGAGGUUUACAUCGCUGCUGCUGUCCGCACCCCUCUUGGUGGUUUCAAUGGUUCUUUGGCUUCUUUGGCUGCAACCAAGCUCGGUUCCAUUGCUAUCGAAGCUGCCGUCAAGAAGGCUAAUUUGCCUGUUGAAGCUGUCGAAGAAGUCAUCUUUGGUUGUGUCUUGUCUGCUGGUCUUGGUCAAAACCCUGCCCGUCAAGCUGCUCUGGGUGCUGGCCUCAAGGACGAGACUAUUGCUACCACUGUUAACAAGGUUUGUGCUUCUGGCAUGAAGGCUGUUAUCAUGGCUGCUCAAUCUAUCAUGCUUGGCAAUGCUGAGGUUAUCGUUGCUGGUGGUAUGGAAUCCAUGAGCAAUACUCCUUACUACUUGCCCAAGCAACGUUUCGGUUCAACCUAUGGCAACACUGAAGUUGUUGAUGGUAUUGUCAAGGAUGGCCUCACUGAUGUAUACAACGACUAUUUGAUGGGUGUUGCCGCUGAGGAAUGUGCCGCUGAAUAUGAGAUUUCUCGUGAGCAACAGGAUGACUACGCUAUCGAGUCUUAUAAGCGUGCUCAAGCUGCUUUCGCUGCUGGUCACUACAAGGAAGAGAUUGUUCCUGUCACCGUUUCUGGUGGUCGUGGUAAGCCUGAUCGUGUUGUUGAGCAAGAUGAUGAGGUUGCCAAGUUGAACGAAGAAAAGCUCCGUGCUGUUCGUCCUGCUUUCCAACCCAAGAAUGGAUCCGUCACUGCUCCCAACUCCUCUCCUCUCUCUGACGGUGCUUCUGCUCUCAUCAUUGCUUCCAAGGAGGCUAUUGAAAAGUACAACCUUCCUGUCAUUGCCAAGAUUAGCGGUUGGGGUGAAGCUGCUCAAGCUCCUGCUCGUUUUACUACAUCUCCUGCUCUUGCUGUUCCCAAGGCUAUCAAGCACGCUGGUUUGACUGCUGAGGACAUCUCUUUCUAUGAAAUCAAUGAAGCUUUCUCUGUUGUUGCAUGUGCCAACAAGAAGAUUUUGAAUCUUUCCGCUGACAAAGUUAAUGUUUGGGGUGGUGCUGUUGCUAUGGGACAUCCUCUGGGCUGUUCUGGUGCUCGUAUCAUUACUACACUUUCCUCUGUUUUAAAGAGCAAUGGCGGCAAAUACGGUGUUGCUGCUGUCUGUAACGGUGGUGGCGGUGCUUCUGCCAUUGUCAUUGAACGUUUGUAA